AUGGUGAUAGUAUCCUCUCUUAAUGGCACGAAAGUUCAAUUUAAAGGAGAUAGACAAGAUUCUUUAACUCCAACGUGUCGCAAAUCACGGUGGCAUGAUCAACUAACUGGAUGGUUAGCAAGCUUAAUAUUGGAAGACGAAAAUCGAAAGCAUCUAGGAUUACCCCACGCGGUGUGCGAGUACACUGGCGUUUUCCCUGACGAAUUACCGAAAUUACCCCCAAAAAGAGACGUAGAUUUCACGAUCGAGCUUCAACCUGGGACUUCACCAAUUUCUAUAGCACCACAUUGUAUCGCGCCAGCUGAACUUCAAGAAUUGAAGGAGCAGUUGCAAGAAUUGUUGAAUAAAAAUUUCAUCAGACCAAUGGAUCUUGCUAAAGUAGAAGCAGUAAUGGGAUGGAAACAACCUAAGAAUACAUUUGGGAUUCGUAGAUUCUUGGGAUUAGCAGGUUAUUAUAGGAGAUUCAUUCAAAAUUUCUCCAAAUUAGCCAAGCCAAUGACACUCCUAACACAAAAAGGAGUAAAGUUUGAAUGGAACGAAACUUAUGAGCAGUCGUUUCAAGAACUCAAGAAGAGACUGACAAAUGCUUCUAUACUAAUCAUACCCGAACGUGACAUCAGGUACACGGUUUAUUAUGAUGCCUCUAAAGAAGAGACUCAGAAUGGGAAAGGUAGGUUGUUUGCGAUAGUUACAACACCCCAACGUCUUACCAAAGUGUUGGAAGCCCAAGGAUUUGAUCAAGAGACCAACUUCAUCAAGGCACGAUUAGUGUCCGGGAAAUCUUCAUCGGAUUGGAUGCUCCAUCAAGAUGGUAGUUUAAGGUAUUUAGAUAAAAUUUUUGUGCCGAACAUCAAACAAUUGAGAGAAAAAGUACUUAAAGAAUUUCACCAUUCAGGUUUUGCAAUUCAUCUGGGAGGAAACAAGAUGUACCAGGAGCUCAAACGACAGUAUGGGUGGAGUGGAAUGAAGAAGGACAUUACUCAAUUCGUAUCUAAGUGCUUGACAUGUCAGCAAGUGAAGGCAGAACAUCAGAAGCCGGCAGGGAAACUCCAACCUUUACCAAUACCUGAGUGGAAGUGGGAACACAUGACAAUUGAUUUUGUAACAAGAUUACCCCGGUCGCGGCAAGGCCAUGAUGCCAUUUGGGUGGUGGUUAAUCGGUUAACUAAGAUGAUACAUUUCCUAGCACUAGGAUCAACAGACACACUCGAAUCAUUAAGUCGAUUAUUUAUUCGAGAAAUCAUUAGGUUGCAUGGAGAACUAGUCUCAAUAGUGUCAGAUUGUGAUUCUCGUUUUACGUCACAAUUCCAGCAAAGUUUGCAGAAAGCUAUGGGUACAGAGUUGUGUUUUAGUACAGCUUUUCACUCUCAAACUGACGGUUAA